GAUCAGGGGCAUGGUUAACUACGUUAAUUUUUUUUAAUGCUAUAUUUUUUAUAUAAUGCAUCACACUAAAUCAACACGUUAAAACGACAGCCCUAUCUGUAGCAUUAAUUUCACGUAUGACAUUCUACACUAGUUUCAGUUGCUAGGAGCUAGAAUUCUUUUUAAUACACAUUGCUGAUUAUAUUAUGAAUGAUUCAACAGUGUAUAUUAUAUACAGUAUAUACUAAAUAAUAUACUGUAUAUAAAAAAAUGCAUAAAAGUGUAAAAACUUGCUUCGCUUCUGAAACUACUUUCCUUUUUGGCUGAUGUCACCAAACCCGCUUAUUUUUCAAGCACAUGUUGUAUAAAGACCACUUUGACAAUUAAUUCCUGAUGGAUAAAGUCAAGUCCGGCCCUAUUUUUAUCUCAUUGCAUAUACUGUUUUACUGUGAAAUAAAUUACAUUACAGAAGUAAAAUGGGUUGUGAAUGCAGUUACAUGUUGACUUUAACUCUAGGACAACUGUGAUUAAUUUGGUUUAAAUGUCUCUGUGUCAUACCAUUUGAUAUAAUCCUCUCUGUUCCUGUCUUACUCUUUCUCUCUACUGCUCUCUGUUCUUUGAUUCCUCUUUUUUUUUUUUAUUCCAGGAGCAUGGAGGAAUGAUGGCCCUCACUGAAGUGUACUGUCUGGUGAACAGAGCACGAGGAAUGUAAGAGCUUCUCUCUCCAGAAGACUUAGUCAAUGCCUGCAAGAUGUUUGAGUCACUUAAGCUCCCUCUACGGUGUCUGAGAAGGGCGCCCUCACAGCCGAAUAGUUUGCCAAACUGUUAGGACUCUCAGUUCUCCUCUCUAAAGAGAGGUUGUUGUUAGCUGAAAAUGUGGGCCACUUAUGCCGAGACGAUUCAGUAGAAGGUCUGCGUUUUUAUCCAAACGUGUUCUGACGCAUGUGGAUGAUAAAAUAUCGACCCUGGCUGACUUUCAGCUCCUUCCUGUUGGAACCAGAUUCCACUCAGGAGAGAACUGACAACUGAUUAGCACUUGCUCUGGAUACAGGAGGCUUCUACUAUCCACUGUGUUUAUGUCAAUAGAGUCUUACAUGAAUGUUGUUUAAGGUACUUGCGAAUGUUACCGCACUCCUUACACUGUUUUGCUUAAAUCAGACUGUAUGAGAUAUGUUCAGACAGCUCACUGUGUUGAGCGAUUUCUUCAUGAAAGAGACAGGGAAUAACUGUUAAAUAUAUGAAUACCGUAUGUUUUAUUGAUAGGAUAGAUGCAGAAAUGAUAAUGAUGUAUAAACAGUACUAUUGGAAUCAGGGUGUGUGAUUCCAGCACGUUCAGCGCUGUUAGACUGUCUUCAUACUAGUGUUGGGUUCGAGUGCACCUUAGUCGAGUCCGAGUCGAGUCCAAGUCCAAAAGGGGCCGAGUCGGACUCAGGCCGAGUCCGAGUCCGAAUGAAUCUGUUCAAGAAUCUGAAUUAAAGUUGUAUUCAUUACAACCAGAGUUAUUAUUAUUUUGAAUUUUAAUUUCGUUUUUAUUUCUACUUCAUUUUCAAUUUUAGCGCUGUUAGACUGUCUUCAUACUAGUGUUGGGUUCGAGUGCACCUUAGUCGAGUCCGAGUCGAGUCCAAGUCCAAAAGGGGCCGAGUCGGACUCAGGCCGAGUCCGAGUCCGAAUGAAUCUGUUCAAGAAUCUGAAUUAAAAUUGUAUUCAUUACAACCAGAGUUGUUAUUAUUUUGAAUUUUAAUUUAGUUGUUAUUUCUACUUCAUUUUCAAUUUUAGUUUUACCUAAAAUUAUGUAAUGUAAUUAAUUAAAUACAUUUAAUGUGUAACACACAGAGGUUGCGCUACAAAUAUGUGACGGACUGAGUUGUACAAUUUCCGUCAUGGUCUAUUUCAUCCGUCAUUUUAGUUUAAAUGUCCCUGAUACGUAGUAAAUUUGUUUUUGUCUCGAUAUAGUCAACAUUUUCAGUUAGAAAUGACUUUACGUAGAAAGCGCGAGUCUGAUAAAACGUGUAAUAUUUAAUAAUUUCCAGAGUUGGGGAAUGUACUUUUUAAAGUGUACUUACGUUAUUGAUAUUUCUGCAUGAGAGCGGCAGAGCGCGAAUGCCGAUCUCUUUCCCGCACACACAUACAGCACGGGCGCGCAGGCGAGAGAGUUAAAAAAGUAAUUUGAAAGAGUGCGCGCUGCUGCUCUCAACCAGAAUAAUCACACGUAAGGACAUAUACGCGUGAAAACUGAUGCGCAGUAUCAAAUACACAGAAUGUAUGAUAGUGCUAACUGAAGAGAGCACAUCAAUAUGAAGACAAAGCCAAAUCCCAGACAUUUAGAGGCAGUUUUGGAAUCCCGCCCGGGCGCUUUUUUCAGGUCUUAAAAAGAGGACGUAUGGUCACCCUGUGUUACGUUAUUUUUUUAUUUUUUUGUUUGUUUGUUUGUUUUUCAUUGCAUCACAAAUGCCAUGGACUUGGCCGGAAUCACAAGUCCGAAAGGCUCGAGUCCAAGUAAAAAUGAGUCCAUGAGUCCGAGUCCGAAUUCGAGUACCCCAACUCUACUUCAUACCUUUCCUGAACUACUGGAUACUUUAUAUUUAAAAAGUCAUUCACAUGAAGACAUUGCAUGAGCUGGAUUCUGAAGGAAGGGAGAGAAGGGAAAACUUUUUAUUAUUAUUCAACUCAGAAAAAAUGUUAAGGCCAAGACAAAUGUUUACAAUUAAAAAAUGUAAUUAAAAAUUGAGUAGAGCUGUAUUACAUGUCCUUAGCCAAUUUGAAAAAUGUUUAGUUUUUCACCUCUUAAGAGCAUGCUGUCUUCCGCACUUACAAUAUACCGGACUGUUGUGAAAAAAUAAUUAAACAUGUUCUGUCUGAGUUUCUUUCAUAUUUUAAUGUACUGUAUUUAUCUUUCCUGUGUUAGUAGGAUUGCAAGUCUGCAUGGUUUGCUAAAUUCUCUUAACUUCGAUCACAUUGUUGGAUUUUCAUGGCACUUAUUGGUAUUACUACUGAAUUAUUUCCUCUUUUUCCAAGAUCGAUUUCAAGGAAACAUGUUAGUCAGUAAUCACAAAUGACAUUACAGUGAGUAAAUUCUUCCUAAAUACAGUUUAAUUAAAUAAUAUAAAAGUUUGUAUGAUAUGUCAACCUCAUUUUGAGGCAACCCUCCCUAUCGUGAGCAGAUUUAUUGAGUGGAUACUUAUGAAAUUUUGUGAAACUUAACCUCUAAACUUCUCGCAUUCAUGUCUGGCAACGUCCAGUGCAGUAUUAGAAAUAGAGACCACUGGGAAAUGUUCGCUUGGCUCCACGUCGUAGAAAAUAAUAUAAUUGCUCGUGUCAUCUUGUAUUGAAAUUCGUCGGCUAGACGUGAAAACGAAAUAGAUUUUUAUUUUAUUAUUAUUUUUAUUUUUUAUUUUUUUGGAGAGCAGACCGCAUCCUAAUUCAAUUUCUCGAGUAAUAGCCGGCAUAGGAAGCAGGGGAAUGCGCGCUCACGGUCACUCAAUGUGAACGCGCGCAUCUCUGAGCUGUUCGCCGUUUGUGCACCGGUCCAUGACGCUCUCAUUCAUUGAACUCAUAAACAACACUCCCUGUAACAUGCUGCCUUUCAGCAUGUCCACGACAUACUGAUAAAAGAGAAAAUGCGACUCAAUGUCUUAUGACAGAUUGAAUAAUAGUGGAGUUGGGUGAUGUGGACAAACAAAGAUAAGAGGCUGCAGAUGUCGGCAUGAAACAGGGUUUUCCUACAGCGACCCCAUUUUUGUUGCUUUUCCUGAUCGGAUUUGCUAUGGCUGGUAUCCAUCUGUGGCCUUCAAUGCACAUUGCCUUGAGCAAUGCUAGUGUAUUUGUGGAUUACAGCACUGUCAGCAACCUCACUGACCACAGACUGACUGUAUCAUUGAUUGACAUUGACAGGAACAUUACAGUACUUACCAGGCCACUUCCCUUUAACCAAUCAGAAGGGUCACUGGAGUUCAACUGCUCCUGCUUCCUGUAUGCAGGUAACUUCAGAUACAAACUGGAGCAGAUACACAAGGUUGACGUGUCUAACCAGACUGCCAUCUGGUGGUAUAGCCCGGUUUUGCAUGUGCACUGGCCCAACUUUCACUUGGCUGUGGAUCGUGGCAGCAACGACCAGAGCUCUAAUGACUUAAGGAUUGGUGUGUACACUAGUGAUCACUUCCAUCCUUGUCCUAGUAGCAAAGCUUCAUCUCUAUACCUUGAUGUCAGCUACCUGGAACAAAUGCAUAUUGGGAGGAACACCAUUGACAAGUUGCAGAGCCGGAAAAGACACAUUGUUAAAGUAGUUAGGUCACAGCAUGUGGAGUUGACUUGUGCGUCCCCUCUAACAGAGCAUGGAUUCAUCCAGAUUUCUAUAAAAUCGCCCCACAUCCAGCAAGACAUCAAAUCUUCUGGUCCUCUCUACCUGUCCAGCAUCUUUCCCUACAAACUUCUUGUAGAUAACAUCUACAAAAGUGGCUGUGAGGGAGCCGUGUCAGUCCAUCGAAUCGCUCCUCCCUGUACAGUUACAAAUGGAAAAGUUCUGCUUUAUAAGGAGGAGAGUAAGGAGAAGGCUGCUCCCUCUCAUCUGGCCUUUAACUUCCUCACUCAAGGGGAGAAUGAGACUGAGUUUAAUUGCUCCAUCUUUGACCCUGGCAGGAAUAAGUACUGCUUUCAUUUCACACUCGUCUACAGUCAGGCCAGUUUAACACACACCUGUGUUAUUGUGCAAAGGAAUUCAAGAAUGUGGGGUCCAUGGCAGCCAUGGAGUGGUUGCAGUGUGACAUGUGGUGAAGGGGUUAGAGAGCGUGAACGUGAGUGUCUACUGCCCUCUGGUGGUGGGAUUCAGUGCACUGGCAUGGUUAGGGAGCAAUCCCACUGUUCGCUGGAAGACUGCACUGGGGAGCUCCCCCCCCUAUCGGUCACCCCUCCCCCAGCUGUAAGCUCUCCCCUAGCUGGGAAUCUAGUAGUAGUGGCAGGGAUCUCCCUGUGCCUGGCUGUGAUCCUGGCCACCAUCUUAAUAACUGUGUGGAGAAAACUCUGCCAUGCUCCGAACUGCAGCCCCAUGCGACAUAGCUCAGUUCACUCUCCCAGUGGCCGGAAAAACUCUGAUGAGGCUUCUAUUUGUGGUCACAGCACACAGAGACCCAGUUUCUCCGAGAGUUUGCAAGCAGCUCCCCUACAAAAAGGGCUCACCGUGCCUGCCAAGCAAGAGCCGUCUGACAGAGGUGUGCUUGCUCGACAGCAGAGCAUGUCUCUCCUUCUCCCCCUUCCUCAAGACCCGGAGAGAAUGUCUCCUUCUGGGCAAAAGAUCGUUCCGCCUAUUUUUGGCUAUCGCUUGGCUCAACAGCAGCUCAAGGAGAUGAAGAAGAAGGGGUUGAAAGAAGCCACUCAAGUCUAUCAUGUGUCCCAGAGUCCAGUUGAUGACACCUUGCUGGAAGCCACAGCUUCAAACCCUGCAGGUCUAACUCCAGUGCCUCAGGAAGUUGACAGCCCAGAAGAAGCUAACAGCAGCCAAUUUCGCACGAAGUCUCCUUUCCUCGAACCUACGUGGCCUCCAAAAAUCUUGGACACUUUAUCAGAUAGGCACAAGGUGGACAUGUUGCUGGGUCCCCAAAAGUCUGUGUUCAGUGCCAAUGCCCCCCAUCUUGAGCGCACAGCAGAUUGGGUGGAGAUGAUAGAGCGCAAUAGAGGGACCUACUCGAAGAAUCCAAAUUUCAGGAGGACAUCAAGCUUCCAUGAGAACAACCAGCAACAGUUGCCUGCAUUGCGACUCUUCCGAGAGAGGAGCAUGACUAGAGUGACUCCUCGGCAGCUUCCUGAGGGGAGCUGUAGAAACCGAACCUGGGAGCAGACACUUCCCAAACUUGAGGUCUGGUCCUGCUUCGAACCUAGAAUAACUGAUAGCUCAGGUGACCAUAGGAGGAGGCCAUGGGUGGACACUCCCCCAUCUCAGUCAAACUCAAAAGAUAAUACUUUAGCAGUUCUUAAUUCAGCUUCAGUGACACCCACUAAAGAUCCCCUAGUGGAUCGUCAAAGGUUGGCUCGGAGCCCUUCUUCCGCAAUGGACAGAGCAGAAAGGGCUGAACAGAACUGGAGCAGAAGAGGCCCCUCUCCUAUCCAGAGGAACAUACUUGCCAGAAAGCUACGAGAGGCUAACUCAUCUACCUGCCAAAGGCAACGCAGUUCCACAUUCUCUACCUCAGAACAGUACAGGGGGCGCUGUCGCAGCCUUCCUCUCUCCGCAGACUACAGCAGCUACCCCUGUAGUCUCACUGAGUCAGAGCAGCACAUGAUGGACAUUUCUGGAUACUUGGGCGAGGAAGAUGGAGUAGAGGUUCUAAAUAUUCACAGACUCACCUGAUUGAGUCCAAGUUUUUGGGAGAUUUCCAAACUCUGCUGAUGCAAACCCUUCAAAAUAAAUGUCUUAAUGAAAUGAAGCAGUUAUUUAUAAUUGUGGGAGUCUUUUUUGUUUUUUGUUUUUUUGUGCUCCAUGUGGACAUGCAUAUCAGAUUUAAGAACAUCUUUGUUUCUUGUUUAUGGGAUAAGUAAUU